CAUUGAUUGUUUUUGGUCACCUCGGUCAGAAUCCGUCAAAUGUGUGAAUUAUUGUGAAUAGGUACGAUAAUAUAUUUUCGAAUAAUAUUAUAGUAAUGCGACAAGUACCACCGACGAGUACCGUGUAUUAUUAUUGUUUAUAGUGUUGGCCGUUGUCGAGUAUAGUUUAUAGCGACGGUUAAUGCGCGACCAAAAAUCCAAAACGUUUUUUUGCCAACAAGACGCGUUGUAGUGUUACCUAGGCAGUGCGUUUGCGCUCUCGACCAUUGGUUUUUGCCCAUGACUGUCAAUAACUGCGCGCUAGACAACGAGUAGAGACUUAUCAAGCUAUUUGUCAAUAUAAUAAUAAUCCGUCAACCGAAUCCGACCGUCAAAAUCGAAAAAGAUAACGAUGGGAGCAGCGUCAUUGGCGGUACUGGUCAUCGUGUGCUGCGUGGUAGCGGCACAACUGCCGGAGGAACCGCAACAAGAGCUACUCCAUCUGGACAAGGCGCCUCGUCACGAGUUACGCGUGCUCUACUGCCGUUCUUGUGGAUAUCGGCAAGCGUUUGAACAAUAUGAAAAGAUGUUGCACGACAAGUAUCCGGGAGUUCUGAAAAUCGUUGGUGAAGUACACGACUCUUCGAUGAUUUCCUUGUUGAUAGCCCGACUGCUGGGUCUGAUCAAAAUGAUGUUGGUAGUGGUGAUUGGUAGCGGAAAAUGGGAUGCGAUGAUGGGAUGGUUCAGGCGGCGUUUGCGUCAACACUUUGAAGGAACGGGCGCGGCCCAAAGAAGACGUCUGAGCGAUCAGCCUGCCGAAGCGAAUCCAGAACUGCAGCCCGCUACCGGAUGGCGUCGAUGGUGCAACAGUAACAGGUGGACAGCUUGCGUGGCUAUUUACGCUGGAUGCGCCGCCAUUGAAACGGCUUGUGUGGCUACAGGGGCGUUCGAAAUGUUUCUAGACGAGAUGCCAGUGUGGUCGAAGCUGGAAUCGGGCAGAGCACCACAGCCGGCCGAGCUCAUAGCCAUUAUAGACUCUCACUUGGCCAUGAUACGGGCAAGGUAAACGCGGUCCGUGUAAUACGAUCGACGAACAACAAUCGGGGUGGCCGGAGCAGCGCAGUAGCAAUGCGACAAACGACAACAACUGCCAACGAGACGUUAUUUUUAUUGUUGUUAUUUUGAACAACCUUUUGAAUUCCUUCUUUGCUUAUAAAUCUUAAUUUCUUGUGUGUCCAUACUCUAGUUUAUUUCAAGUAUCCCGUAUUUAUACUUAUUGUUUGUUUUUUUUUUUUUAAUUGGCGUGUUUUCAAAUAUUUGCAACAUUUUUUUUUUUAUAUAUAUAUAUGUAUUAAACCAUAUCUCACCAUUUGUAAUUGUUAACGUUUUUCAUCGAUAGUCACCUGUAUUAUAUGACGUACACAUCCGGACGGUAGUUUACUCUGUUUGUAAAAUAAUUUCAAAUUAGAUUCGAGGAAAACUAUUAAUCGCACUAAAGCUUUUUUCUGUUUAAAAUAUGACCAAUAGUAGUAUAAAAAAUAAAGCAAUUGCUGUUAUUAAAUCCACAAAAAUGUUUGUUUUAAACACGUGCAAUUUGCAGUUUUACACAUUAUGUACUAUUUAAUUACGAUAAAUCCCACGAGUGACUGUAACUUUAAUUUUUUU